AUGUAGCAGUUUGAUUAUAAUACACCUUUAGAUUCACUCUUAAAUAGAAAUAUUGACGGCAUUGAGCCAAUUUAAGAAUCUACCUAAGAAAACUAAUUUAAUUAAGAUGUUGGCUUUUAAUAAAAAGAUUAUUAAUAUCACUUGAAGAGUAAAGACAGAGUUCAUUAAUAAGAUACAUCCUCAAAUAACUCAGAUUAGUAAACAAACUACAGUUCUAUUUAGUAAACAAGAAGCUAAAAUUUAAAUUCAUCAGAUUCAUAUUAGAAUUAGACUAACAACACUCUUUCUUCUGAUUAAAAUGAUAAUUCUACGACUUGUAAUAAAGAUGAAUUUAUAAAAUAAUCCUUAGAUAAUCUACAAUUAAUUAAAAACUAUCUUUCUAGCAAGGACCCUUUGAAAAUCUAUAAUGACACAAACAUAUCGCUAACAAAUCAAAUACUUAGCGGAGAAAAUUAGUCGAUGUUGACAAAUACAAUCAACAAUAAUGAAAAUAAAGGAAAUUAAAAUGAGUAUCAUCUUUAUGAAAAAAAUCUAUUAUAAGUAGUAGAUAAUCUAAAAAAUAAUAAUAAAGAAAAUGAAAUUAUAUUUUAAGUAGCAAUAACAUUUUCAAAUAUUAAUUUCUUUCUCAAUUACACAAGAAAGAAUUUAAUUUAAAGCUAAAAAUAUGAUCAGAAUGAAGAAAUUAAUGAUGAUAUUAAAAAAUAACAAAAUUAUUACUGUCUUUGCGGUAAAUUUUACUAAUAGUCUACAAUAAGAAAGGCAUCUUCUUUACAUAAUCAUUUAAAAAAUGAACACUUUUAAAAAUCAAGUGAGCUGAAAAAAAUACACUAUAGCUAUUUUCAAAUUUAUAUACCCUUUAGCGGCUACACAGGUUGUACUUCAUCUUUAGAUAAAUACUUUGAGUACUUCGAAUCUUACAUUUCCACUUUACUAAAAAGCUAAUUGUUUGAAUAUUACUUUUAAAAAAGUUUUUUUGGAUUAGCUUUUGUUGAACAAUUAUUAUAAGAUAUCUUAAAGGGUGAAAAAAUUAUUGAAGAAUAUUUUAGUAAUUUAUAAAAAAAUCUAAAAUGUAUAAAGCCUUCCUCUACAAAUAAUCAUAAUAAUAGUCUUAAUAAUCAAAAAUUAAAACGAAAACAACAAAUUUCUGACUCUUAAAAUGAAGAAUUCGAAUAAAUAUAAAAAAAGAGAAACAAAGAAGAAUAGGAUGAACCUAAAUAUACCAUAAUUGAUAUAAGUAAUGAAAUCAUAAAUAUAAAGCAAUCAGAAAUAAAUCGUUGCAAUACAAAUAGCUAAUUAAUUACCUAAAAUAGUAAAAUUCCUCACUAUAUCGAGACAGAUAAAGGAAUCCUUUAAUUCAAUUAUUAAGAUUUUUAUAAUGUUAGCCGAUUUGGUAGAAAAAGUAAAUUAUUAUGGACUUUUGAUGUAAAUAAAUAGAAAAUUAUUAGAAAUGAAUAAGUUACAUUAAAAGCUUUAGAAUAAUUUGGAAAAAAGAAACCUUUAUUUUCUGCUUUAGCUGCAAUCCAUCUUGUUAAUAACCCCACAUUUUGUUGGGACUUUAAUAUAACAGGAUAAAGUUAACUAGGAAUAAUUAAUGAUGUAUUCUAUCUAUUUUAGUAAUAUUUACCAUAUGAUAAAGUUUCUGAAUUUAGAAUAUAGAGAUUUGAAUACGAAAAUAUAAAAGACAUGAAAGAAUUGAUCAACUACUUUUCACCAGAUUACAAAGAAAAAUUACUUGUCCCCCUUUACUAUGGUAAAAAAGGAGACAACUAUCUUAAAAUAAUUGAUGAAUUAGAAAUUAGUAGUAAUUAAAAACUAAUCGUAUUAAAAUUGAUAGAUCAAACUCAUUGGGAAUUUGAUAUCUUUUAUCAAGGCAAACAUUUCUCCUCCAAUUUUAAUAUAGAAGAAGCAAGUUCUGAAAUGAUAGAUGUUAAAAAAAUGCAAUUCAGUAUAUUUUUAUGGUAAGACGGGGGAUAUUAAGACAACAUAAAAAGGAUGAUAGAAUAAGAUAUUAAUAGAUCCUUAAAUUUAAUACCAGAUUGUGUAAAAUCUUUAUUUCCACCAAGCUUUUAAAGUAUCACACUUUACAUAACAAAAAAUAUUAGUUACUGGUAAUUAGAAUUAUAAUAGUUAUUUAAUCAAUAAAUAUGA